CUAAAUGCAACCAAAACACGCUUACUCCCUCUAUAGCAUGCAAGGAGGGUAAAGUCUGUUGUGAAAAGGGAACAACUUGUAAAUCGAUGAGUGGACAGUGUAAAAAGGAAGCUAAAUGUAAAAGCAAAGUGUUGAACCCCAGCAAGAAGUGCAAAGCUGGUAAGGUAUGCUGCUCAACCCGCACCUGUAGCGACAGAGGAGGGAAGUGUAAGAAAGAAGGAGAGUGCAACGGUAGAAUCGUCACGGUGAAGAAACCAUGCAAAGAACCGAAAGUCUGUUGUCUAGAGAUACAGGGCCCAGGCACCACGACAGAAUCAGCACCACAAACCCCUGGUCCAGGACCACAAACAACUGCUGGUCCGGGACCACAAACAACUGCUGGUCCGGGACCACAAACAACUGCUGGCCCGGGACCACAAACAACUGCUGGUCCGGGACCACAAACAACUGCUGGUCCGGGACCACAAACAACUGCUGGUCCGGGACCACAAACAACUGCUGGUCCGGGACCACAAACAACUACUGGACCGGGACCACAAACAACUACUGGACCGGGACCACAAACAACUACUGGACCGGGACCACAACAACUACUGGACCGGGACCAACAACUACUGGCCGGGACCACAAACAACCCUGGACCAGGACACAAACAACUACUGGUCCGGACCACAAAACUACUGGACCGGGACCACAAACAACUACUGGACCGGGACCACAAACGACUACUGGACCGGGACCACAAACAACUACUGGACCGGGACCACAAACGACUACUGGACCGGGACCACAAACAACUACUGGACCGGGACCGCAAACAACUACUGGACCGGGACCACAAACAACUACUGGACCGGGACCACAAACAACUACUGGACCGGGACCACAAACGACUACUGGACCGGGACCACAAACGACUACUGGAUCUCCCAUUACUACUACUUCAACUAAAACCACUCUCUCCAUCAGUGUAACUGGUCCCACUACAACAGAUGCAACCCCUCCCACUACAACAGAUGCACCCCCUCCCACUACAACAGAUGCAACCCCUCCCACUACUACAGAUGCACCCCCUCCCACUACCACAGAUGCACCCCCUCCCACUACAACAGAUGCACCCCCUCCCACUACUACAGAUGCACCCCCUCCCACUACUACAGAUGCACCCCCUCCCACUACAACAGAUGCACCCCCUCCCACUACAACAGAUGCACCCCCUCCCACUACAACAGAUGCAACCCCUCCCACUACAACAGAUGCAACCACUCCCACUACAACAGAUGCAACCACUCCCACUACAACAGAUGCAACCACUCCCACUACAACAGAUGCAACCACUCCCACUACAACAGAUGCAACCACUCCCACUACAACAGAUGCAACCACUCCCACUACAACAGAUGCAACCACUCACAAGUAUUGUUGACAACUACUGGCUUUACAACUAUAUGUCUAAUCCUCGUACAAUGAAUUCUACAUCCAAUUUUACCAUAACUGGUUAUAAUAUAACAAACACAUCGU